AUGUUCCGUCCUACAGCACCGCGUUUUGGCAAACGGACCAACCGCUUGUCCUUGAAAGAGAGAUGCGAAAACUGCGUUAUCGUUAUCCCACUGAAAACGGUGGUUGCACGCUUACCUUUGUCGGUUUCCAAAAACCACUUGAGACGAUUCCGGCAGACACGCUCUUGCGAGUGUCGCUGGCACAUUGGUGGCGACCCAAAAACACACCAUACGCUGAACUACGUUGCUACGUCCAACUUUCAGGUUGGCUUUCUGAAGAGGAAGCCCAAGAAGAACGGAUGCCUCUCCCCCGAAACGAGACAACCACCCUCCCAAACAAAUACACCUUCUUUAGAGAUUCUCAGGAAUAUUUUUGGGCAUGAAAAAUUCCUUCCAUUUCAGGAAGACAUUAUUGAACAUAUCCUUCAAGGCAAAGAUGCCUUGGUUGUUCUUCCGACAGGCGGCGGAAAAUCACUCUGUUACCAAUUGCCGGCAUGUACCUUUAACGGCUUAACAGUUGUUGUUUCACCACUCAUUGCCCUCAUGCAAGAUCAGGUGAUGCAGUUACAACGGAGAGAAAUCCGCGCUGCUUUUCUCAAUCACACUGUCGAGGAAGAAGAUUAUAUAACUACAAUGCAAGAGGUCAGAAGUGGCGAAAUUAAGUUGCUCUACAUUGCUCCUGAAACGCUCGUCCAACGACCUGAAAUCCAUGUAAUGCUUCAUGACUCAAAUGUUGCAUGCCUUGCUAUUGAUGAAGCCCACUGUGUUUCACAAUGGGGACACGAUUUUCGUCCCACUUAUCGUGAACUCGGCUGGGUUCGUGAGCAAUUCCCAGAUGCUGUCUGUAUUGCCUUAACAGCGACAGCCACCCCACAGGUUCGGGCGGAUAUUACAGAAUCUCUCAAUAUCCCUGAAGAUAAUCACUUCAUUGAUAGCUUCAACAGAGAAAAUCUCUUCCUUUCUGUUGAAUCACGGUUUGAGUUGCUUGGACAGACCUUGGCGUUUCUUAAAAAACACGCUAACGAGUCAGGCAUCAUCUACUGUCAAAGAAGGAAACAUGUGGACUGGUUGUGUGAGCAAUUAGGCACCCACGGGAUUUCCUCACUUCCUUAUCAUGCAGGUCUGAAUCCCGAAGUCCGCAAACAAAAUCAAGAUGCUUUUAUCAACGGUAAUAUCGACGUGAUAGUCGCUACAAUUGCCUUCGGAAUGGGUAUCGAUAAGCCAGAUGUUCGGGUUGUCUUGCAUGCAUGGCUGCCGAAGGAUAUGGAAUCGUAUUAUCAGGAAAUCGGUCGCUCUGGGCGCGAUGGUGAACGUGCAGAAUGCCUUUUGCUGUUCAGUCUGGAUGAUGAAGAUACGAUCACCGAAUUCAUUGAUGAUGGGCAUCCAUCACAGCGCGAACAUAGAAUAGAAAGUUUACAAAAGUUCAUAGCGUGGGCAAAUUCAACAGAAUGUCGCCGCGAGGAAUUGUUAACCUAUUUUGGAGAAGAAUAUGCAACGCAAAAUUGCGGGAUGUGUGACAACUGUCGCAAGGCGAAAGCAGAGCAGGUAGAUUUGACAACCUCUGCCCAAAAGUUCCUAUCUUGUCUUUAUUGGGUUAAUGAAAGCAACACAAAGGAGGUUUUCGACGAAGCAUAUCUCAUUGGCACUUUGCGAAGCGAAAAUACGUGUAUCUCAAUUUGCCUGCCAGCCGGAGCUCUGUAUAUCAUUGACAUUUUACGCGGUGAGACGCAAGAGAAGAUUAUUAAGAACAAACAUCACGAACUUAGUACAUGGGAGAUUGGCAUGGAGUACAGCAAAGCACAAUGGUACUAUUUAGCAUUACAAUUUUUUCAAUAUAACCUCUUUGAGUGCGAUGCACAAGAUGGAAGCCUUCAUUUGACAGAUAAAGGUCGGAAAAUCAACACAAAAACAAUUGCACCCGACGAUCGGUUUUGGGGUUUUCCGGUAGAUUUGGUAGAUAUGGAUUCGGAAAAUAGUAUAACCGUGGAAUUGAACACUUAUGAGUCUGCCUCCGACGAACAAUACGAGUACGAUUCGGUGCUGUUUGAGAAGCUUCGCCACAAACGUAGCAGUAUAGCAGAGGAAGAUGAAAUAAAAGCAUCACAAGUUUUGCCGCGUGAUUCAUUGAAAGAGAUGGCAACCCAGUUACCUCAGACAGCAGAAGAAUUUAAUCAGAUUCGUGGUAUAGGGAAAGUAAAAAUGAAGUACGCCGAUGAUUUCUUGCCCAUCAUUCGUGCGUAUUGCGAAGAACAGGGGGUAGAUUCAACAGAGCGUGAAACUGAAGAACUGAAUACUUCCGAAUCGGCACAGGAACAUGAGAUAGAUUCAGUAGAGAACGAAACUGAAGAACCGAACACUUCUGAAUCGGCAUCUGAAGAAUCGAAUACCUAUGCUCCGGAACUUUUUGAGCAACUUCGAGACAAAUGUAGAAUAGUGGCAAAGACAGAGCAAAGGCGGAUCUUCAAUGAGAGGACAUUAAAGGAAAUGGCAACCUAUUUCCCACAAACUGAGGAAUCGUUCAUCAAGAUUUAUGGUGUCGGUCCUAAGAAAACAGAAAGAUAUGCUAAGGUCUUUUUACCUAUCAUCCAAAAUUAUUGUAAAAAACAUGGUGUGGAAUCAGUAGAGAACGAAACUGAAGCACCGAAAUACAUCUGA